AUGACCAUAGAAGAUCAAUUAGCAUACCUGUCAACCCCGCAGCUUCUCGCCAAUCCAGGCCGUACAGAAUCACAAAGGUUUCGUGGAAGCUGAUAAGCCCAUUCUCGAAAGGCAAGCGUCUGAAAUAACAUCGGCUGCGUGGGCAGCAUCAUUUCCUUCCUCGAUAGCUGCAGAAAUGCCUAUUCCAGGCAGUGUUCCCAACCGUCCCGGGCAGGGAGGGUAAGGGCGGCAGAGCAUGGCGUCCGUCUUCGAUAAAGACUGCCGUCCGAGGGGUUGACGCCGGGCCCGGGAGUCUUAAUACAAAUGGCAUCCUCCGGCCGUCCCGGCUAGAGGUUAGGACGGACCAUGGGACGGGCGUCCGUCCAGGACAGAGUUCCUCAGCGGGCGGAGCAUAGUUAUCCCCUUCCUAUGCCGCAUUAAUUCGACCCCCCUGCGGUCCCGACCCCCCGACUAGCUGCUGCAGAGUAGUUUUCAUCUGUUGAAAGGAUUCUAGAAAUGUGUCACCCUCUGCAUUUGCAUAUAUCGUCGAUGAUUGGCUAUAUGGACCCACUCGCACCUGGAAUCUCCUGUGUCAAAGCAGAUAUUUUGAAUGAGUCAUGGCCUUACAAUUGACACCAUGCCCCUUUUUUUGAUGGCUGAGCUUACUUCAACCCCUUAGCACACUUUUCUUCUCUUCGAGUUUUUACGGUAGACGGUCACAUCAUAGCGAGAUUCGUGUCGCAGCAGACGGCUCAAAAGUGUUUACCUAAUUUUCAACCCUCCCAAAUCCUGAUUCUAGUUGGUCAAAUGAGACGUUGAUUCAGAGGUCCAGUUGCAACCAUGAUCAAACACUCUAGACACUGCUCAAGGUAGAACCCUUCCAGAGACUCUGCUUGCAUACAACCGUCAAGCUCUCCUUGACGGUCGGUGGUCCUCUCCAUCCGCUGGACGGCCAUCCAUAGGUAAACGGAGCCUUAUAGGGUCCGGGGAUCCACUAUCGAAAAGAAGGACAAAACUAAACCAUCAGGAACCGAGAGCGAGCCUUGGACACCGAUUAUUCCUCGAUCUACGUUUGCGCAGGGGAAAGGAGAUCAUCGCGACAGGCGGUGAAACUCACGGCGUGGAGGAGUUUGUUGUUAUGGGCUUUGUUUCUCUGAGAGAAGAAGAAACCCCCUUUGUGCUGGUGGUUGAAGCGAAAAAUGCUAACCUUGGGGAGGACAUGAGAGAAAGUAAUAAUGGAGGUGCUGUGUAUGGAUUUAUCACCGCGGGUGACAGGUGGAAAAUGGCCCGCUACGAUGGGGUGUUUCGGAUGAGCGAAGGGAUGGAGAUUCUAUUUGAUAGCAUGGACGAGGACAAGGGGAGGUGGAUGAAAGAUUACUCCAUUGUAGUGGAUUGCCUACUCGUCGCAUUGAAUUCCGGAAGCGUGACGGAGAAAUGA